CGGGCCGCGCUCCCCGGGCGGCCAUGGAGGCCCGGCUGCCCUACGACGACUUCCCGGUGGUGUUCCUGCCGCCCUACGAGAGCCCGCCCGCCUGGGUGCCGCCGCACGAGCGGCUCUACCACCCCGACUACAACAACGAGCUCACGCAGUUCCUGCCCCGCACCGUCGUCCUCAAGAAGCCUCCCGGGGCGCAGCUGGGCUUCAACAUCCGCGGAGGAAAGGCCUCGCAGCUGGGCAUCUUCAUCUCCAAGGUGAUCCCUGACUCGGACGCACACAGAGCUGGGCUGCAGGAAGGGGACCAGGUGCUGUCUGUGAACGACGUGGAUUUCCAGGACAUCGAGCACAGCAAGGCUGUGGAGAUCCUGAAGACAGCCCGUGAAAUCACCAUGCGAGUGCGUUACUUCCCCUACAACUACCAGAGACAGAAGGAAAGAACUGUUCACUAGUAGGCAGCUGUCUGCUGGGUCCUCUCCAGAGCGGCUGUCCUGCAAGAAACUCUCCACUACCUUUCCUCAACACCUGAGAUGACGUGUCAAAUUUCAGCUGUCACUGGAGGCACAACUGCACAGGCCUCGGCUCUGCUUCCUGCUUGGAGGGCACCGCAGAGCCUGUUUAGCUGGCAGACGGACGGGGCUUCAGUCCGUACUCCUUGAACUGGGUGAUGAAACGAGCUGAUGGUGCCGGCGUGGAAGUGGGUUCCAGAGGACUGCUUGUCCAGCAAGAUCUGUGCUUCUGUUCUAGCAGGGCGUAACUUGCAGUGCUCGGCGGGUUCAGGAUCCAGCUUUUAUUGCUAGGAUGUGAGGCCGGGUCUGAGUGCGCUGGAGCAGAGCGUGGCCUUAGUCCUCCAAGAGAUCAGCCUGUUCCCUUCUCUGGUGACAUGAAAUCCUUUCCCUCUCCACUGUCCUACCUCUGCUCUCCACUACUGGGUUUGCUUGGGAUGCAAACAGGAGUGAAAUCCAGGCAAACUCGAUGCACAUCUCUAGCUGCACUAGUCUCCAAGGCAUGUGUGUACCCUGGUGCUGCUUAACGACCCUGUUGAGUCAGGACCAGGACACUUGGAGCGCGUUCCUAAGCUGCAGUGACACAUAGCCAGGUUCCCUCACGUGUGGUGCUUGCGUUGUUAAGGGUUUCACUUGCCGGACUUGCUUCCUUCUCUUGGCACAGCCCUGUCCCUUCCAGGUGCUCCCAUCAGAACUCCCUGCUACUUUGAGGUAAACUUCUCCCCUCUUCCUCGGGCAUCUCCUCUCCUGCUGGGCCAAUUCACCCUCCUGCUGUUGAGAUGGGGGGGGGUGGCGGCUGUUCUACCGAGAAAGGGGAGGAAGCCUGCGGUGCCCUGUGCUGGGAGAGCACAGGUGAAAACUUCGGGGGUUACCAGCAAAGCUGGGUGCAAAUUGGGGUCGUAUCACCUUGUAAAUGGUAUCGGGACAGCCCUUGCUCUGGCCUUCUACGCGGUGUUUUCCACUUACCUGUAAUAACUGAAGUAAUAAAGCUAGUACAGCAACCA